AUGUCCUUAGUUACUAUGGUUGACCUCCUAGUCAUUGGUGGUGGCCCAGCUGGAUUAUCAGCAGCCUUGACCUUCUCACGACUCAAGCGAUCUUGCGUACUUUAUGAUUCGGGGCUGUAUCGAAAUGCAGGAGUAGCUCAUUCACACACCAUUUCAGGGUUCGAGAAUGCGGACCCCGAUGAUUUCAGAUCAAAAAUGAGACAAGAUCUCAAAGAUUACUACAGCGAUACUUUGGAAUACCGAAAAGGGUUGAUUACCAGCUUGAAGAAAUCGGAUGGUGGAUUUAAAGCAUCAGAUGAUCAGGGAAGAGAUGUAGUAGCAAGGAAAGUGGUGUUGGCAACUGGUUUAAAAGAUCAUUUACCUGAUAUCGAAGGCGUUACCGAACAAUGGGGUAAACGUAUAAUACACUGUAUUUUCUGCCAUGGUACCGAGACUGCCAACUUGCCAUUCGCAUUCCUAUUCACCAAAUCAAACUCAUACAUGAAUGCAAGACUUGUCGAUACAAUGUUGAAACUAUGGAGAUCAUUGAAACAUACCGAUAGAUAUAUCCUGACAGACGGUAUGGACGUUGAAACCGAACAAGGUAGAAAAGAUGCUGGUUUAGAAGAACAAUACGAUCUGAUCAAGAAAUUAGGAUAUAAGAUAGUAUCAUCUAAAAUAACAUCUGUCAAAGAGAAUUCCGAGAAAACUUCACUCGAGAUCAAAUUCGACAAUCAUGAUCCGAUUUCAGUCCCAAACAUGUUACUAUUCCCAGAACGAUUUACGCCUUCUUCAGACGCAGCACCGUUGUUAACGGAAGAGCUUUUGGGAGCUCAGUUACAAGCAUGGGGAACUAUAGCGCCUCCAUCAUCGGGAUUGGGAGCAAGUGGCAUGCCACCUCGAAUGGGAGAUGACCCCAAAACCAACGUUCGAGGUCUGUUCUGGGCGGGCAAUAGCGGUUCGGCAGCUGCGAACUAUACCAUCAGCUUAGCUCAGGGUCAAGCCGCUGGAGGUAUGGCUGGUGAUCAAUUAGGUGAAGAUGAUUUAGCUAAGUUAUGA